GGCCGCCAGUAGCGACGCGCACCUCUUCUGGCCAAGACGUUUGGCGCGAUAAACGCAAAUAACACCCAUCACGGAGCAACCGUUGCCGCGCUUCGGAUAGGAGCUUAUUCGAGCCGACCGAGUCGUGAUAGUGAGCGGUUGCGACGCUGUGCGCUGCCGGUAGUGAAGUGAAGCAGUGCAGUGGUAGUGAUUCCGUGAUGAGCAUCGAAACGAACAUUAUAUUUUUUUAUCGAAACAAACAAAACGACUCUCCGCCGUCCUUGUCCUAGUGAAAGAGUGAUAGUGUGCAAGAAGCUGUAAAAGCUACCCGGUUGUGCAAAAAUGCCGGUCCUCGCGUCGGAAACCAAGACGCGGAAGGUCAAGUCCCGGACCACCGCCAGCUCCGUGGAGUACCCAGAUGGCUACUUGGCGGCGGUGCGGGACGACGCCGACGUGCGGCGGGCGCUGCUGUCCGGCAAGGAGGUGGUGCGCAACGAGGCGGGGCAGCUGGUGGUCGUGGACCCGCGCAACUCUGGGCCGCGCCUCGUGCACCAGUCCUCCAAGGGCAGGAAGGUGGUGGACACCGAGAACACGCACGAGAUCUCGGAGCUGCAGCCCGACGGCCGCGUCGUCACCGAGAAGAGGCGCACCACCGAGCACGAGGAGGUGAGGCCGACUUCCUGCUCCUCUUUCCCAACCGCGUCGUCGAGCUUUGGUUCCGUCUCGAUUUUCAUUUCAUAAGUUCCGGCCUCGCCA